AUGGCCAACGUGGAUAUCGCCCGGUCUUCAGCGCCCGUCGUGGCAUCCUUUGAACUGCAGUCUUCGCUCGCCCACUCGCAUCCCUUGAUAGUUUCCCACGCCCUAUCCGUGGCUGAAACCUGUUCCCUACUGCUUGAAAUCUACGACUUGGCCUACAAGUCGCUAUACCAUAUUCACGCCUUAUCGACGAUGUCUCGACACUCCAGCACAGAUUUGAGUCCGUCAAAUUCAAGUCUCCAGGUCAAUGACUGUCAGAGAGCGCCACCACAGCCAGACCCGGAACCUGCCGCACCACCUGUCAUAAUCCUCUCCAACGAGCAACAACAACAACAGCAGCAGCAACAACAAAACCAAGCACCUCCUCCACUCAACCCUAUCUCACCCUUAUCUCCAGUACCCACACCUCGCACACCCCACACAAACACACCAUCACACAGUGCAAUGGGUUCCAAAGUCAGCAAAGUGCGCGAGCGAGCUCAAGAUGGCAAAUUGCAGCCUUCGCAAGAACAGCUGGAUAAGGAGCAAAUGAAGGAGCCCAGUAACUACUACACGCAUCGCAGCAAGAGCAUGCGCAGGAAGGCGGGAAAGGGAGGUGAUGCAGGCGGCAGCGCUGCUGGCGCUUCGGGGACCGCCUAG